GAUCGUAGAUAUAAGUAACUAAGGUUCUUCUAAUUUUCGUCCUUCUGAAACGAAAGCGUGAUUCAGUAUGACGAAGAUAUGCGUAAUCGUGUUCUUUGUUACAGUUCUCUUGGUUUUGGAGACCCAGACCGCCGACAGCGGUAUCACAACGCGCAAUAAAAAUGUGGAGCCGUUCAUGAGCGAAUGCAUCUGUGCCUCAGGCGCAAAUCCAGACGAGGCCUACUCUUGGUUCACGCGCCGAACCUUUUUUCCAUCCUCGUGCUUUAAAUGUUUUCUUAAAUGCAUGGCCAGAAAAAUGGGUCUUUUGAAACCGGAUGGUUCAUUCGAUCUUGAUGCCGUAUCGCGGGUGUUUGGCUCCACCAUUAGUAGGGAGAAAAUCGCCCCGUGCAUCACAGCUCAGGAUGCUAAUCUGGAUCUUUGUGACAAGGGAUACCAAAUACCACAUUGUAUUUAUCAAAUCAUCAACGCAAAUGCCACAAACUAGCCAACAGUUACAGCAUAGUGUCCAAGGGCUGACCUUAGAUUUUAAGAGUAUACCUCGAAUAAAGAAUUAAACUUUC